ACUUCCUGCAUUGGGGGUAGGGUGGUUAAAGACUUGCACGUAGUUCUCGAGUUUCCUGUUGGACACCACCUCUGAGACAGGAGCAAGCUGCUCAAAGAUUAGCAAAGAAAAGAUUGGGUAAGGUAACAGCCUGGGCUGUGGCUAGGACUCGCCAAGUGACGGAACCCACCCUGGAAGACGUUACACGACCAGGAUUUGUAGCAGUGGGGGUGUUCCUCAGGUGACUCCAGACUGCCUCACUUCACCGGGGGGCUAACUAGGAGCAGGUAUGAGCCCUGGACUUCAAACUACAGAGCUAGGCAACCGCAGAGCUCAUGGAAAAGAAAUUCAGCUUGAAAAUGCAAAGGCUGCUGGGGAAAUGGCCAUCACUGUUGAUCUGGAAACAGACUAUGCUAAGCUGGUUCUAUAUGUAGGAGCCAUCACACUUGGGGAGAAGAACAGAAAGAAAAUGAAGAACCCUCUCCUCAGAAAAUGGGAGAGUGGAAACAUCUCUCGAGCUGUGUGUGCUCUCCUGAACUCAGGAGGUGGGGCGAUCAAGAUUAAAAUUAAAAAUGAAAAUUAUAGCCUCAACAGGGAUGGCCUGGGGCUGGAUUUGGAAGCCUCUCUUUGUAAAUGUCUACCAUUUGUGGGGGAGCAUGUAGACUUCAUGGAGCGUGAAGGCUACUUUUACAUCUUUGUGAAAUCUUGGAGUGUGGACGUCUUUGGGCUGCCGAUUGGCACCUUGAGAACCAGUUUGUACAUAAGAACCUGGUCGUCCUCUGUUGAAGUGGUUGCCUCUGAUGCUCUUGAGUUCCUCCAAGACCUGGAGGAAACUGGAGGGAGAUCCUGUGUCAGAGCAGAGCCUCCUGUAAGCAGAGCCUGCCCUGGAGUUGAAGAAGAGAGUCUCCUCGAGGACCUGGCUGCUGCAGUUUUCAACAAGACCCAAUUUCAGUACAAGGAAGACUUCCCCUUCAGCAGGUCAACCUACACUGAAGUGGCAUUGCUUUCAGUGAAAGAGCUGCAAAAACACAUUAGAGAACUCAUUCCUCGAACGGUUUCUGCAUUUGCAAACACUGAAGGGGGAUAUUUGUUCAUUGGUUUGGAUGCGAAAAAACAACAAAUAAUAGGUUUUGAAGCAGAUGAGAGUGAUCUUGCGCACCUAGAGAGUAAAAUAGAGGAGUGCAUCCGACAGCUGCCUGUCACUCACUUCUGUGAGGAGCAGGAGAAGAUAAAGUACACAUGCAAAUUCAUCCAAGUCCACAGACAGGGAGCUGUGUGUUCGUAUGUCUGUGCGCUCAGAGUGGAGAGAUUCUGCUGUGCUGUGUUCGCUGCAGAGCCAGAUUGCUGGCACGUGGAAGGCAGCUGUGUGAAGAGGUUUACCACGGAGGAAUGGGUCAAGAGCCUGAUGGCUGGCAAGCCAGGCUCAGGCACCAAUGGUGCAUGAGUUCACACAUGGCCACUGGGCAUGUAUUAGCUAAUGCUUUCAGGGAAUGCCUGGAACCUUCAACAAUAUCAUUCUUUUUACUCUUUCACAGCUGAAGGACUUCAUGACCACAAGUGGGCCAAACCUGCAAGUCCCUGAAACUCUGUAGCUGGAAAGGAUUCCCCAGUGGAGAUCUGCAGCCAACCAACCAUUCCCUGCUGUGGACCUCCAUUGAGACAAGGAAAUGCAUUCAUAAGAUCAGGCUUCAGCCGAACCUGUAGGACUUUUCUUUUUUUAACUUUGUAUUCAUUGGGUUGCAUCCCAAUUCCACUCAUCUCCCCAUCCCUCCAUAGCUGCCCUCUGCCUUUGCAAUCUCUAACUAAAAAGAGAACAAUAAACAAAAAGCUAAAUAAAGAUUUACAAUGAAAAAAAUCUCACCAUGGAAGCUGUGGUUUGUUACAGUGUAUCACACAAUAAACUCUUUUUCUCAAACA